AUGGCCAACCCCAAAGUGUUUUUUGACAUGGAAGUUGGCGGUGAAGACGUGGGUCGCAUCGAGUUCGAGCUUCGUGCGGACGUUGUUCCCAAAACAGCCGAAAACUUCCGUGCUCUAUGUACGGGUGAACAAGGGUUUGGCUUUCAGGGCAGCUCAUUCCACCGUGUUAUUCCUGGUUUCAUGUGUCAGGGGGGCGACUUUACCAACCACAACGGAACGGGUGGAAAAUCAAUUUACGGCAACAAAUUUAACGACGAAAACUUCGAAUUAACACACGAAGGGAAGGGAAUUCUUUCGAUGGCCAACGCCGGUCCCAACACGAACGGAUCCCAGUUUUUUAUCUGCACUGACGAUACUCCAUGGUUAGAUGGCAAGCACGUUGUCUUCGGAAAGGUCACCGAAGGCCUCGACGUUGUCGACAAAGUCGAAUCUUUCGGAAGCCAAAGUGGAGCCACCUCAAAGAAGGUAAUCAUCAAGGAAUGUGGCGAGCUCUAA